AUGGCUUCCCGACGGCUAGCUCAGCAGUUCAACCAGGCUUUGCGCUCCCGCGCUGCCUUGAAGGCCGUCCAGCCCGUGAAGCGCGGUUUUGCUACACCAGUUGGUCUGCCAUCACGGACACAGUCGACCACUUUGUCUAAUGGCCUUACCAUCGCUACCGAACACAACCCCUACGCUGCCACUAGCACCGUCGGUGUUUACGUCGAUGCCGGAUCUCGUGCUGAAACCGAUAAGACCAAUGGAACUGCUCACUUCCUUGAGCAUUUGGCCUUCAAGGGCACCAACAAGAGAACCCAGGGACAGCUAGAGCUUGAAAUUGAGAACAUGGGUGGUCACUUGAACGCUUACACAUCGAGGGAAAACACCGUCUACUACGCCAAGUCUUUCAACGCAGAUGUCCCCAAGGCUGUCGAUAUCCUUGCCGACAUUCUCCAGAACUCCAAGCUCGAGACUUCUGCUAUCGAGCGUGAGCGUGAUGUCAUUCUCCGGGAAGCCGAGGAAGUUGAGAAGAUUAGCGAGGAAGUUGUCUUCGACCACCUCCACGCCACUGCCUUCCAGGGCCAGGCUCUUGGUCGUACCAUUCUCGGACCCAAGGAAAACAUCCAGAGCAUCCAGCGUGACGACCUCGUCAACUACAUCAAGACCAACUACUUGGCCGAAAAGACCGUCCUUGUCGGUGCCGGUGGUAUCGAGCAUGACGCCCUUGUCAAACUUGCUGAGCAACACUUCGGUAGCCUGCCAUCCGCUCCCCCUUCUUCUGCCGCUGCUGCCCUUGCCGCUGAGCAGAAGCGCAAGCCUGAGUUCAUUGGUUCCGAGGUUCGUAUUCGUGACGACACUAUCCCCACUGCUCAUAUUGCUCUUGCAGUUGAGGGUGUCAGCUGGAACGAUGACCACUACUUUACUGCUCUCCUUGCCCAGGCUAUUAUUGGCAACUGGGACCGUACCAUGGGCAAUGCUUCUUUCCUUGGCAGCAAGCUCAGCAACGUCAUCUCUCACAACAACCUUGCCAACAGCUUCAUGAGCUUCUCCACCAGCUACAGUGACACUGGUCUCUGGGGUAUCUACCUUGUCAGCGAGAACCUUACUAACCUCGAUGACCUCGUCCACUUCACUCUCCGCGAAUGGUCCCGUCUCUCAAUCAACGUCACCGAGGCUGAGGUUGAGCGCGCCAAGGCUCAAUUGAAGGCUUCCAUCCUCUUGUCUCUCGAUGGCACCACCGCCGUCGCCGAGGACAUUGGUCGCCAAAUCAUCACAACUGGCCGCCGUUUGAGCGCCGAAGACAUUGAGGCUACCAUCGGCCGCAUCACUGCCAAGGACGUCAUGGACUUUGCCAACGCGAAGCUCUGGGACAAGGAACUUGCCAUCAGUGCCUAUGGUUCUAUUGAGGGUCUUCUCGACUACCAGCGCAUCACCAACGAUAUGAGCCGUAACCUGGCUUAA